AUGGCCGAAACCCCUUAUGAAGUUACAAGUGACGUCUCUGAGCUGGACCCGGAGUCGCUGGUUUUGGCGCCAGUUCAACAGCGCAUAGAAGCCCAAUUACGAAAGCAUUUGCAGGAGGUCUCACAACAACUUUAUGAUGUUAAAAACGAACUUGUUACAGUUCAAAAAGAAAGAGAGGAGUACGGUGUGGAACUUUACAAUGCCCAACAGCAUCUGGCGAAGUUACAGGAAACAUUGGAGAAACACCACGAAAAGCACACAUCAGUCCAACAACAAUACGAGGAAAAAUUACAGGAGCGGGAAGAGCUUUCAACCCAAGCCGAUAGUCUUCGAAAAGAUAUUGAAGAUCAUCAGCGACAGUACGAGCGACAGCAAGCAGAUCUUGUGAAACUUACUGAAACACUUGUUAAGGUGAAAGAGUUCAAUGAACAACUAAAAAAUGAGGUUCACGUGGAACGUCGGGCUGCCUACAAGACGGAAGAAGAUAUUACAAAUUUGGAAAGAGAAAAAUUAAAGCAAGAUAAUUUGAUUGAUGCCCUUGAAAAAAAAGUAAUAAUUGUUGACGAAGAAGUGGCUACAGUGGAUACACAGAUUAAAAAUCAACAAAAUGAGACCAAGAAUGCGAGGGAAAUAUUGGCCGAGGCAUUAGCGGAAAUGGAGUCAAUCAAUUUUGAAAAGAAGCAGCUGGUGCAACAGUGGAAAAGUACUCUUAUUGGGAUGCAGCGUCGCCAUGAAGCUAUGAAGAAGACAGAAGAAGCUUUGCGGCAACAAAAAGAUGACCUGCAAGCUCUUGAGAAUGAGAUAACAGGUUGCCGAAAAGAUAUUCACAGUGUUCAAACAGAAACGGCAAAGUUAACGCAGUUUAUGUCGCGUGUCGAUAAUGAAGUGGUGGUUUUGGAAAAGCAAAUUGACGCUUUGGUGGAAAGAAAAGAAAAAAGUGCUCAAGCAUAUGCGAUGCUCAAAAAUGAUAUUGAGCAAACCGAUGUCGAAACUAAGAAAUUAGAAUAUGAAGCUCGUACUCAUGCGAAUGAAGUUACCGAUAUUGACAGGAAAAUUCAAAAGUGUGCGAGAGAUAUUCGCUCCAUGGAAAAUGAUAUUAUUGAGUCACUUAGUAAGCAGACUACCCUUGAGCAAGAAGGUCAUGGUACAUUACAAGAAAUUGAGAAAAUUAAGGAUUCCAUUAGAGCCAAAGAACUCCAAGUAACACAAAUGGAAAAUGAACUUGCUCGUAUACGCGUGGAUACGCUACAGGCCCAGUUACACAAUGAUACAUUAAAAUCUACAUUGGGUGAAUUGGAGAGGGAGCUGCGAUCUCGUGGUACAAUGAUUGAACGCAUGCAAAUGAAUAUACGUCGUAGACAUGAUGAAAUUGAUAGAAAGCAGAAGCAAUUGGAUCAACUUAAUCAUCAAUAUGAAGAGUUGGUAGCUGCACAGUGCUCGGAUAAAGGGGAACAUAUCGGUCCAUUAGAAACUACCAUUAAUAGCUUGUCAAAGGCUAUUACAGAAAAGGUAAAUGAAAAUGAGGCCCUUCAGCAAGAGUGGAUCAAACUUCAAACCGAUUUGGUAAAUUGCAAAAACAAUGCGAAUAAUGUAAAUGAAGCUAUUCUUGAACUUCAAGCAGAGGCUACAGUUUUGACGCAAAAAAAAGAUCGUCUUUUGGUAAACAUAGCGAAGGAAAAAGAAGAAAUUACAACUUUGGAAAGCAAGGCAAAUGCGAUGCAUCUUGAGAUGAAGAAAGUAAACACUCAGCUCAGUAAAAACUUUGAGGAUCAAAAAAACAUUGCUAAUGAAGCCUUUCUUCUUGAAAAUGACAUUAUUCGACGGCUACAAGAGAAGAAAAGAGAAGCUAUUGAACUUGAGGUUAAAGUGGGAGAAACUCGACAAGCCAAAGCAGAUCUACUUGAACAGAUUAUGAAUUGCGAGCGGGACAUCUUGUUCUGGGAAAGAAAAAUACAAAUUGCAAAAGAAACGGAGAUGGCUCUUGAUCCGACUGUUGGAAGGGCCGAGGUUGAAAAAAUGAGGAAGGAAAUUGGAAUUAUGGGAAAGCGUAUGAGUGAACUGCAAAGAGAGCAACGUUUUCUGAUUGAUGAAAUGCAGAGGUCGAUAGAUCAUCGGGAAAUAAUUCGAACAAAAGGUCAAGCGAUUCAAACUGCGACCAAAAAGAACAAAAGAGGGGCUACAAGGCUCGAUGUAGACAAAGAGAGUACCAGAAUGUUUCGGGAGCUCAAUGAAAAAAGACAAGAGGCGCAACUAAAGGAAAAACUUAUCCGAGAGAGUCUUGCUGCGAUUGAGAAAAAGACCAAUGAAGUUGAAACUACUCAACGUGAGGUUGAAAACCUUGAUGAGCAAAUAACGGAACUACAAGCACAAUUGGCUUCAACGCAGAAAGAGAGUGAUCAGUUAGAAGAUGAGAAAAGAAUCAAAAAUACAACUCUUCAACGUCUUCGUGAUGCUGAAAAAGGUACUUACAAGCUAUCAGUGAAUCCGGAAGAGUUGAAUAAGGAGAUUUCCCAACUUGAGGAGAAACGUCAAACACUGAUGGAGAUUAUGGAAGAUCUAACAAAUCGAUAUCCUGAAUUGGCGGAAGACUUGUCCAAUAUUGCCUCAACGCUUUCCUGA